UUGUGGGGCGCUACCGAGGCAGGCCGGGCUGUUGUGCUUUGCGUAGCCGGCGUCUCUAUAACUCCGGGAGCUCCUCUUCUUGUGUUUUCUGCGGUUUAGCUCAGUAGUCAUCAUCGUUGAAGCCAUGGCUGGAAUAAAUAUUGAAGAUCCUCCCUUGGACCUCAUCCUGGAGGUUGUGGAUUCUGAGAUGGGCCCCAAGCAACCCAAGGUCCUCCUCUUCGACAUUGGCGGCGUCUGUGUUGUGUCUCCCUUCCAGGCAAUUCUAGACUACGAACUGAGUCUUGGUGUUCCGCCAGGAUGGGUGAACUACUCCAUCUCCAAAUCCGCACCAAACGGCGCCUGGCAUAAGCUGGAACGAGGCGAGGUCGCAAUUGGCAAAGGCUUUUACGAGGAAUUCAACCGCAAUCUCCACAUUCAGUCCAACUGGGAGCAGUUCUAUAAGCGAGAGCACGCCAAAAACCCCAAGCUGGACGAUACCCUCCCCACGUUGCCAAAGCUGGAUGGCGAGUGGCUCUUCAACGAAAUGAUGACCUCAUCCAACAGAAUCGAUCCCUGGAUGGGACCAGCUCUUGAAAAGCUCAAGGCCUCUGGUCGAUACAUUCUUGGUGCGCUUAGCAACACCAUCAUCUUCCCCGAAGACCACCCGCUUCAUCGUAAAAAUAGCUGGCAGAGCUCCUUGAUGGACAUCUUCGACGUCUUUGUAUCCUCCGCGCACAUUGGUCUACGCAAACCGGAUCCUAAAAUCUAUCAGUAUGCCGUGGACGAACUCACCAAGUUUGCCCGCCAAAACUGCAAUACCAAACGUAACCGCGACUACGGGUGGGAGGAUGGCGUCAAGCCCAGCGAGAUUGUCUUCCUGGACGAUAUCGGUGAGAAUCUCAAGGCCGCCAAAGCCAGCGGCUUCGGUACCAUUAAAGUUCACCUCGGUCGCACCUACGAGGCGGUAGAUGCUUUGGAGAAGCUGACUGGCCUGGAGCUGGAAGGCGAUCACCCGAAGAUCGCCAUCAAACCACGAUUUACUGCCAAGCCCAAGUCGAAGAUUUAGCCCGCUUCGCCCCUGUACAUAAAAUUUAUUAUAGCAUUCAUGUAUGAAAUAUGAACCAAGCGCUGCCCGGCGAUUGUCUUAGUUGUGUCAAC